AAACAGAUUUCGACAAGUCAAAGCGUCAUUGUGAUGAUAGCCAGAAUUUUGAUUGAUAAGAUUAGUAUUUAAUCUUUCGGUAUUUUAUUUGCUGAUAGCCAUAGACCUGUAAGCUUUAUAAGAUCGAAUAGACUUGGUGAUAGGCUUGAUGGUUACCAACUGCUCGACUGUGAACAGUGAUAUUAUAUAGAUUUUUUUUUUUUCUCAGGUAAAUUAUAAUAAUCUUGAUACGUUAAAUAAAAAAGCAUGUGUUUUACUAACAAAAGUUAAUGGUUGUUUCAGUUUAAAAAAAAAAAAACGAAUUUCAAUUCAAUUGAAUAAAUAAUACCAAGUUUUAGCCAGGCAAAAUGGCAAUGCGCUGGGCAAUAUUGUUGUUUUUGUUUGUGGCUCUUGUGAAAGCUAGUCCACCUCGGAAUGAAAAAAAAGAUACAUUUAAAAAAAUUCUAGACGAUACAAAGUAUAGACUACCCGAUGUUAAAAAUAUUGAAAUAAUUUCCUAUAAUUUGAAAUUCAGUCCAAAUUUUGAAGACUUUACUUUCGACGGUGAUGUGGAUAUUGAUUUUAUAGUCAAGGCUGAUUUACCAACCAUAACUCUGCAUUCGAAGAAUUUGAAUGUCACAGAAAAACCAUAUAUACAGUGGCCAAGUUCAGAUGGUUCCUCUUCUCUAAAUCAAGUGGGAACACAUACCUUUGACACAAAGAGAGACUUUUUGAUAAUUGCAUUUCCUAAACCAGUAGUAAGCAGCAAGACCCCUUAUAAAUUAUCAUUAAAGUUUCGUGGUGAACUCAAUGAUGGAUUAAGAGGUUUCUAUCGUUCACAAUAUACAAACAGUGAUGGAAAAAAAAUAUGGCUUGCUGCAACUCAUUUUGAACCAGUUGGUGCUCGUCAAGCAUUUCCAUGUUUUGAUGAACCAGCACUAAAAGCAAAAUUCACAAUUCAAAUUAAACACAGAGCAAAUUAUGAAGCUAUCUCAAAUAUGCAUUACAUUCAUAGAGAUGUUAUCGAAAAGACAAAAGAUGUAUUAACAACAUUUGCUGAAACUCCAGCAAUGUCAACGUAUUUAGUUGCAUUUGUUGUAUCAGAUUUUGAUUAUUUAGAAAAUGAAGAACUAACAUUUAAAAUAUGGGCAAGAAAAAAUGUCAUUAAAAAUGGAAAAUAUGCUCUUGAUAUUGGGCAGCAUGCUUUGAAAGCACUUGAAAAUUAUACUGGUAUUACAAUGAAUCAAAUGGGUUUUGAAAAAAUGGAAAAUAUUGCUAUUCCACAAUUUGCUGCUGGUGCAAUGGAAAAUUGGGGUCUAGUAACAUACAAAGAAAAUGCUUUGCUUGUUGAAACAAAUAAAACAGAACCUAGAGCCAAAGAGAGUGUUGCCACUGUAAUUGCACAUGAAUUUGCUCAUCAAUGGUUUGGCAAUUUAGUAAGCCCAAAAUGGUGGACAUACGUUUGGCUAAAUGAAGGAUUUGCAAAUUACUUCCAAUAUAUAAUAACACACGAAACUGAACCAUCUUGGAGAAUUAAGGAUCUAGAAUUAAUUGAAAGUCUACAACAAACUGCUUUCGUUUCAGAUAGUGAUGUUGAAGCCGUACCAAUGAAUUAUCAAGUUGAAAGUCCAACAGAAAUAAGCAAUAAAUUUGACAGUAUUUCUUAUUCAAAAGCUGGAUCGGUCAUUCGUAUGAUUGCAAAUAUUCUUGGUGAGAAGAAAUUUCAAGAUGCAUUGAAGGCAUACCUCACAGAAAUGAAAGGAAAAUCAGCAGAAUCUAGUGAUCUUUUUAAACAAUUUGAAAAUGUAUACGAAAGUAAUAAAUUUACACAGAAAAAUUUUGGAGAAGCACUUGUUAAUUGGGCUGAGACUCCAGGCUUUCCAGUUAUAAAUGUUGAAAGAGAUUAUGUUAAAAAUAUAUCAGUUGUAACACAAGAAAGAUUUUUAUUAGUAGAUAAAAAAGAUAACAGCGACAAAUAUUAUGUGGCACUCAAUAUGGCACAAUCACCAGGCGAUUUUAAUUGGACAAAAAUAACACACUGGUUAAAACCAGAUGAACAGAAUAUAACUAUUCCAAUUGAGAAUAAUGAUGCUUGGGUAAUCUUCAACAAACAUCAAUAUGGUUAUUACCGUGUUAAUUAUGACGAAAAAAAUUGGCAAUUAAUUAUCAAAACAUUGAAAAGUAAAAAUUACACAAAUAUUCAUGUUUUGAAUCGUGCUCAACUUGUUGAUGAUUCAUUGAAUCUAGCCAGAGUUGGUAAACUUGAUUAUCAAAUUGUAUUUGAUUUGAUAUCAUAUAUUAAACAUGAAGAAGAUUAUGUUCCUUGGUAUCCAGCAUUCGUUGGAUUUGAAUUUUUAAAUAAAAUGUUAUCAUCUUCUGAAUUUUACAAAGGCUAUCAAAAAUACGUGUUGAAUCUUCUUGCUGAUGUUGAACAAAAAUUAAAAUACGAUUCAACUGAUAAAGAUGAUCAUUUGACAAAUUACUGGAGAGUUCUUACACAAUCAUUGGCCUGUAAACUUGGAUCAAAACCUUGCAGAGAUGAUGCAUCUGCAAAAUUAGAUAAAUGGCUAGCUGAUCCAUCAUCAAUAACAGCUGAUCAAAAAACAGUAGUUCUCUGUGCUGGCAUACGCAGUGUAAAUCACGAUAAAUGGCAUAAACUAUUCGAUAAAUAUAUUGAAAGCCAUGAUAAUGAUCUGCUAGGAGCUCUUGGAUGUUCUUCAAACAAAGAAAUUCUUAAUCAUUAUUUACACAGUGCUGCAAACAAAUCAAUUGAUUUAAAAAAUCGUGAACUUGUUUUUUCAGCUAUUUAUUCAGGUAGUCCAGAGGGUCUUGAUGUAGCUCUUACUUUUCUUACCGAUAAAAAUCUCAUUGUUAACAACAUAACAACUGACACUGCAACUUUGAAAAGUUAUUUUAUAAGUGUUGGAGAUUAUAUAACUACCAAAGAACAUCAGAAUAAGUUGGAAGAAUUUGCCAGGCAUAUUGAAGCAAAUCUCCGUGAUUUUUCUAAAGAAGUAACACAAGCUGUACACGAAAGUAUAUUAAAAGCCAAAGCCAAUAUUAAAUGGAUUAGAAAAACUGAACCGACAAUUAGUAAAGUAUUUGAGGAAAAAGAAAAUAAAGAUUCAACAUCAGAUAAAAAUAAUAGUACAAUAUUUACAGCGUCAACAAUUUUAUUAUCUCAGUUGAAUAGUUGUACUGAAAAUAGAAAUUAUGCACAUUUAUUAGUAAAACCAAGCUUUCGUUUACCUGACAAUAUAAUUCCAAAAUAUUACAAAAUUCAAUUAGAGCCACAUGUUGAUGAUGCUACUUUUACAUUCAAUGGAACAAGUGUUAUUGAAUUUAGUGUUGUUGAACCAACAAAAGAUAUUGUCUUUCAUUCUUCAUAUUACAUAACAAUUGAUAAAAGUUAUACAGAGCUCAUUGGAAAUAAGACAAGUAAAUUCAAGCCAAUUAUACAAAGAUGGAGUUAUUUUUAUGAAUUUUUUUUCAUACGUUUUAAUUUUACACUUGACACUGGAAAUUAUUCACUUGGUUUAAAAUGGUUUGGUCAUGAUGCUAAACAUGAUGGAUUUUUUCGUCGUUCAACUCCAAAAACAAAUGGAAAUGAAUCAUCAAUUAUUGUUGCAACUCAUUUUCAAGAUUCUUCAGCACGAAAAGUUUUUCCAUGCUGGGACGAGCCUGGUUAUCGAACGCCAUUUGAAAUUUCAAUAAAACAUUUUUCAAAUUAUACUGCAUUAUCAAAUAUGCCAAUUAAAAAUCAAUUUGAAAGUGAUGAUAAAAAAUUAUGGACAAAUUUUGAAACAACACCAGCAAUGUCAACUUAUUUAGUAACUUUUAUAUUGUCAAAUUAUUAUCAUUAUGCAGGUGACAAUAAUAUAACAUUUUGGGCACCAAAAAAUAAUAUGGAACAAAUAUUUCAUGCAUUCAAUGUCAGUCAAUAUAUUUUACCAGCAUUAGAAAAAUAUACUGGUAUUAAAUAUGCUCUCCCAAAAUUAGAUCAGAUCACAGUACCAUUUUUUCCAGCAGGUGGAACUGAGCAUUAUGGAAUGAUAAGCUAUGGACCAAUAUCAUACAAUAUAAAAGAAUGUGACAGAGUAAUCCAAGAUCAAGUUACUCUUCUUGUUGCCCACGAAAUAGCUCAUCAAUGGUUUGGUAAUUUGGUAACACCAAAGUGGUGGAAUAACUUAUGGUUGAGUGAAGCAUUUGCAGUUUAUUUUUCCUAUAAAAUAUCAGACCAGGCUCUUGUAACACAAAAUUAUAUGGAUACUUUUGUUGUUAGUGCAAUGAAUAAAAUUUCAUUCACUGCAGAAAAAUCAACAAGAAUACCACGUCCUAUUAUAUUUAUGCCAAAAAGAUCAUCAGAAAUUCGUGAUUUAUUUACAUCAAUAACCUAUAGAAAAGGUGCUGCGAUUGUUCGUAUGUUGGAGCAUAUAAUUUCAGAAGAGAUUUUUCAACAAGGCCUAACAAAUUAUCUCAAAAAACACCAAAUGGGGACAGUAGAAACUGAUGAUCUUUGGCAAGCACUUCAAGAAACUUACAAUGAAAAAAAUAACAACAAUAAUACACAUCUUGAUAUUAAAAAAAUUAUGGAUCCAUGGGUGAAUCAAACAGGCUAUCCAUUGUUAAACAUUACAAGAGAUUAUAAAACAAAUUUGAUAAAUAUUUCUCAAAAUGAUUAUUUAAAUUCAAAUUCAAAAAAUACAUGGACAAUUCCCAUAAACAUUGCAACGAGUUUAACGAAAAAUUUUAAUUCAACUGAACCAACAAUUUGGCUAAAUAAAUCAAAUGAUAGUUUUAAUAUUGAUGGAAUUAAUAAUACUGAUUGGAUUAUUUUAAACAUACAACAAACUGGAUUUUAUCGUGUUAAUUAUGACUUUGAAAAUUGGAAACGAAUUGCUGAAUAUUUAAACAGUGAUGAUUACCAUAAUAUUCAUGUUAUUAAUCGUGCACAAUUAUUAUGGGAUUUACAAUAUUUUUUUUUAAAUGACGAACGCUAUUUUGAUAUAUUAAUUGAUGUUUUAUUUUAUUUACAUCGUGAGACUAAUUAUUUACCAUGGAUACCAGCAAUCAAUGUUAUUGAAAAAUUUUCAACUGUAUUAAUAAACACACCGAUUUAUAAUGUUUUUGAAAAAUUUUCAUUAUAUAUUAUGGAUAAUAUUGUUAAUUAUAUUGGAUAUGAUAAUGAUCCAAAUGACGAACACUUGAUUGCACUAGCUAAAUAUUAUAUUUUACCAUGGGCUGCUGAUUUUGGACAUGUUGAAUGUCGAAAUGCAGCCAGAGAAAAACUCGCUGAAAAACUUCAAAAUUCAACAAUUGAUUUACAUCAUUCACAAAAAGAUUCAUGGAUUUAUUGUAAUGGGUUAAAAAAAAUGAACGAGACAGUAUGGGAAAAUUUUAUUGGUGGUUAUUUUGAAAACCCAUCAUUAGAACCACAUAUUAUUUAUAUUGGAUGUUUAAAUAAUCAUGGUUUUAUUAAAAAAUAUAUUGACUUAAUUAUUCAACAUAAAAAUGCAUCAGGUUAUACACUGAUUGAUGCUCUAUCAUCAGUGAUAUCAGGUGAUCAACAAAAUGUUGAUUUUAUUAUCGACUAUUUCAUUGAAAAUAUAGAAAAAAUACGUCAAUUUUACAAUGAAAGAAAGAAGCCUGGAAGUGUAAAGAUAAUAACUGAAAUGAUCAGUAGUAAAAUAAAAAAUAAUGAUCAACUUGAAAAGUUUAGUAAAUUCUUGGCACAACAGGAAGUUGAGGGAAAAAUGUCACGCACAAACGAAAUGAUAACUACAGCAAGAAAUGUGAUUGCACUUAGUGAAAAAAUAGCUUCAAAAUUUCGUAAUAAAAUAAAUGGAAAAGCUAUAUUUUCAAAUUUUAUUAACAAUAUGUAAAAUUAGAUUUAUAAAUACAAUUGAAAUAAAAAAUAUUAAAUUAAAUUAUAAAUGUAAUGAUAAAAAAAUAAAAAUUACAGUUUGUAAAAUUUUUAUUCAUGC